UCUCUGAGAACUCCAGAACGCCUCCCCCCUUUUUUUAUGGCUGUCUCGAACUCCGUUCGAAUCUGACGUAGCAUUUACGUGCAAACGGAGUCAUAGGAGGCAGCUGAAAUUUCAAAGUUAAUCAUUUCCAAAUCGUUUUAGGAAGGCGGCAACGACAUAAGUCGGACUUUUCGUGCACCGACCAUGAUGUUUCGCGCGAUUCGUUGCGUGUUGUAAUAAUAACCUCAUUAAUUACCUACCCUGACACCAGAAAGGCAUGAGCCUAGAAGAGCCGAGUGCGUGGUUAGAGCAUUCUAGAGAGGACGGUCCCUAGAUCGCAAGCUUUGAUGGCGACACGGCGAUACCUCUUAGAAAUGGCCGGACCUUUCAGUUAUCACCGCUUCAAUACUAACACAUCCCGUUACAGUUGCAACAGUUACGAUCUUCAAUGCCGUAGUAGUAGGCAGUAUCGGUUCUUAACUCCAGUCUUAACCGUAUGCCUGUUAGCCUCCUUCUCCUGCUUCGCACCUGCUGUCAUCGCCCAGACGUUGGCACCGUCCCAAGCGGCGGUGCUGGCGGAGUGCCAGCGGCAGUGGGGCGCAACGUUCCCCGGAUGGACGGCAGGGGGGGAAUGCGCGGAUGCUUUUCAGUUGUCGUGCGACUCGGAUGGCAUGAUCUUAGCCAUGACUUUGGAGCACUACGGAGACGAUGGGGCGUCCCUGGGGUCCAUUCCCGAUGCCCUCAGCAACCUCACUCGCCUCACGCUGCUGUCGUUAUCCUACAACGGCAUGACGGGCUCCAUCCCCUCAUCGCUCGCUAACCUCCGACAACUCAACACCCUGUCACUCACCACCAACGAGCUCACAGGGAGUAUACCUUCAGCUUUCGGCCAGCUUCAGAUGCUCACUAGCAUUGAUCUGAGCUCCAACCUUCUCAACGGCACAAUCCCAGCCUCCAUCGCCACCAUCACAUCCCUCUCCUCCUUAGACAUCGGCAUCAACCGCCUCUCAGGCUCCAUCCCCACCUCCCUUGGCUCGCUCGUCAACCUCCAAUACCUCCUUCUCAACACGAAUAAGCUGAUGGGGCCGCUACCACCGUCUCUUAGCAACCUCUCCAAGCUCCAAAUGCUGGUUCUGAACUACAAUGGUCUAUCUGGCACCAUACACGAUUCUUUGGCCAACCUUCCUCAGCUGAGCAUCCUCGUCUUGGCCAACAACUCCUUUUCAGGCGCCAUCCCCUCCUCCUUUCACCGCCUCUCCAACCUCGACUAUGUUGACCUGGAAGGCAACCAGCUGUCUGGGUCCUUCCCCUCAGCCUUUGCUUCUCUCACACAACUCAGCUACCUGAGCCUGAAGAGCAACUUGUUUUCUGGCCACCUGCCUUCCUUUAUCGGCAACCUCUCCUCCCUCACCCUCCUGGACCUGGGCAUUAAUCAGCUCUCCGGUUCCAUACCUUCCUCUCUUUGGACUCUCCCUGCUCUACUCCACCUGGACCUAUCUGACAACAUCUUGUCUGGAUCCCUCCCGACGUCUAUCACUGGCCUUGACGGCCUCUGCACUCUCGACCUGUCUGCAAACUCCUUCACCAACUCCAUACCCGACGCACUGGGCAGCCUCACCACUCUCACAUCCCUGGAUCUGAGCAACACGAUGGUGGGUAGCACCAUGCCUUCCACCCUUGGCGGUCUCACCCAGCUCGCAUACCUGGGAGUGCAAGGCAGCAGGCUCUCGGGUCUCCUCCCUGCCACUCUCGGGUCCAUCACCGCUCUCACUAAGCUCGACUUCAACGGCACGGGCCUGGCAUGCCCGCCCCCCGGCACCAGCUGUGUGGUGCCUCAGACCCGCCCCUCCGCCUUCUGCUCCGCGUGCACCAGCUUCUGCACCUCCUGCACCCCCCCACCCCCGCCUUCUCCCUCUCCUCCGCCCUCGACUCCCAACGCCUCUCCCCCCUCAAGUGACUCCGGCCUGUCCACAGGAGCCAUCGUCGGCAUUGCUGUGGGGGCGGGCCUGCUGCUCCUUGCCCUCACCGCUGCUGCUGCUUACUGGUUCUGGCGCGUCAGGAAUCAACCAGUCCCCCACAAGCAGAACUCGCGCGCCGCCCGUCUGAUGCGCAAGUACAGCAAGGUGCCGCCGAUGUGCCAGCAGUACUCCCUGGACGAUAUGGAGCAGGCCACAGGCAACUGGGCGGAGGGCAACCUGCUGGGGUCGGGGGGCUUUGGCGACGUGUACAAGGGCGUGUCUCCGGACGAUGGGCGCACGCUGUGGGCUGUGAAGCGCGCCAAGCUGCUCACCAACGACUUUGACCGCGAGGUGUCCCAGAUGGCCACGAAGCACCACCCGAACCUGGUGCGGCUGCUGGGUUUCUGCAUUGACGUGCAUCCACAGACAGCGCAUGUGGAGCAGAUCCUUAUCUACGAGUUUGUGCCCAAUGGGGACCUCGAGCAGAGGAUGGCACCAGACACACCCACUCCUCUCACUCUGCAGCAGCGACUGGACAUUCUCGUGGGCGCGGCGCACGGCUUUGAGUACCUGCACAGCUUCAACAUGGUGCACCGCGACAUCAAGCCAGCCAACAUCCUGCUCGAUACCAACCUGCAGCCCAAGAUCGCAGACUUUGGUUUGCUGCGGAUGGGCGAGGGCACCACGGUGAAUGCCACGCGCGUGAUGGGAACGCCGGGCUAUGUGGACCCCGCCUAUGCUCGCACGUACAAGGCCACCACUGCCACGGAUGUGUACAGCUUUGGAGUGCUCAUGCUAGUGGUGACAACAGGCCGUGAGGUUACCUUCUACGACAGGGGGAAAUCCGUGAAUGUCGCGCAAUGGGUGCAGGAGCAGAUAGGGCGAAACGAGACUGCAGCGCUCAGGGACCCACGCAUGGAGGCACCGGAGGACAUCGUCAUGCAGAUCACACAGCUCGCCAUCCGCUGCACAGCCAAGCGCACGGCACACAGGCCCGGCAUGGCCGACGUGGCCAGUGAGCUGCAGAGCAUGCUGAGUGCAAUGGGCGGCGGGUCGUCGCAGGUGAUCCGGGCGGCGGAGAAGGUGGAUGCACAGCUCGACAUUGCCAACGCCAAUGCGCAGGACCUGGAUGAGGCAUUUUCCAUUAUUGAUGGCAUGAAAGAACCGGGGAACAGCGGGCGGAGCCCUGAUGCCGUGUGACUGGAUGUCAAUGGCUUUUCGGGAUGUGAUGUACGUAGGUGGUGAUGUUUUCCCGUCUUCUCUUACCCCUCUGUCGUGACUUGGCAGUGGGUAUUUAUUAUUUUCCAUGGUAAUGGUCAGCAUGCUGACCUAAUCACAAGGUUGUCGAGAAUUUACUAGAUGUCCACAACACUUUAAUCAUUGUGGAGAUUGGCUUUCAAGGGAGCCGUCGUUUUCAAGUCAAUGCAUUUUAC